CUCGCUAAAACACAUAAAACAUUCAAAAUGAAGAAACCUUCAGUAGUCUCUUUUCUCAUCACUCUCCUGCUGGCUGCAGCUGUCUGCAUUCAAGGAAGCGAACCAGUGAAGGACACAGACGGAAAUCCACUUAUCGACCGUACAAAAUACUUCAUCCAACCGGUGAAGACCAAAAGUAACAACGGAGGUGGUCUUGUCCCAGCAGCCACUAAUAUACUUCCCUUUUGUCCACUUGGCAUCACCCAGACACUCCUUCCUUACCAACCUGGCCUACCGGUCAGCUUCCAUUUACCAUUGGGUGCAAAACACACCGUUGUGACAUCUUUCCCUGUCAACAUUUAUUUCGAGUCCAACAUCUGGCCGGUGUGCAACGAGUUCUCCAAGUUCUGGGAAGUCGAUGAUUCCAAAUCCGUUUCCGGGGAGCUUCCAGUUGUCAUAGGUGGUAAACGGUUUGCUGAUAAUAGCCGGUUUGAGAUUGAGAAAGCCGGAGAAAACACUUACAAAUUGACCACCUUAUACGGAACCGUUGGAGCUAUCCCAGGGGCGUGGUUAAGCGCACCUCAACUAAUUGUCACCAAUGAUACGUCUAAGACCUUACUCGUCAAAUUCAGCAAGGUGGAUGAUGUUACUACGGAUGAUACUUCUACCUCUCGGGAGGAGAAGUUAGCUCUAAGAAUGUUCCCGUUCUACUAGUCAAAUGGUCAAAAUCGUGUAAGAAAAAGCCUGAGACUCGUCCAUGGCCAAAAAUAAUGGGUUGAGAUAAUACCCACGCAUGCAUCUUUUUUACUUUCCAUAAAUAAAAUAAAAUUAUC